GAGCUGCCGAUACAAUGGCCUGGCUGGGCCCUGGGGAUAAACACCAAGCCAUCUGUGACGUCAAGAUCAAGACGCGCGGGGCCGACAAGCGAGUCUCCGUCGGCAACACAACAACCCAGCGAGCCGCCCCGUUGUGAUCGAGGUGUCCAGGCAGACUGCACAGAACGGCAACAGUGGUAGCGCCGCUCGUCACUUCAGCUGCACAGCAUGAAGGUGGAAGGCAGAUACCUUCAGAACUUUUAUUCUUCUUCAAGAAAAAGUAGGUUUUACUGAAUCAAUGUGAGAACAUGGCGACACCAAGUAAAACCAAAACAAAGAUUACCAUACUACCAAAGAACUGGUCGACCCAGAUUGAUGGCUUUGAAACAAUUGUGGUGCAAGAGAAAGUAGGAUAUAUAGUACUUCGCACAAAUGCAACAACUGGAGAAGAUGCUAAAAAAUGGAUACUAGCAUAUGGAAAAGCAAUGCAUGCUGACUUCAACAUCACCAGGGCAUACAAAUACAAAAGUCUCCUCAGAAGAACUUACAAGUGCCAUCAUGGAGACACACGCCACUCUGGAAAAAAGAAAACUUUCACCGGCUGCGAAGUUGAACUUGAUCUGAAAUUAAAGGUAGUGACAAAAUACACAAUCAAGAACGACCCCUUGAGACAACAGUAUCCCUGCUUCAUCACUAUAAAGGGCAAUCACAACCAUUCUACUGAUUCUCCAUGUGCCCUAAAGGAACUUCGUGUACAACCGGAAACAAAGGAACAAUUUUUCAAGUAUUUUGACUUUGGCAUGACUACAGCUCAGGCUUGCAGAUUCCAUGAAGAGAAGUUGGAUCUCAACCUCACUCUAAUGGCAAACAAUGCCAUAAAUCCCAGUAGAAGAGCUGUGGCCCAUUUACGAGGUGUCUGGUUAUCCGAAAACCUUGGAAGUGUGGACAGCACAGCGAUGUUUACUGCACUAAGAAAAUAUGCUCAAGAAACAGACUCAAGGAUAGAAAUGGUCACUGAGGGCGAAAAAAUUGUUGUAGUAUUAGUGACAGAAUUUAUGUUAAGAAUACACAAGGAACUACGAGAGGCCAGUGAAGUUGUGCUUGUUGAUACAAGAAGUCAUGUUGAUCAGCUGAACAUGGCUGUGACACCCUUCAUGUGUAAUGGACCUGCUGGACCUGUUCCACUGGGCAUUGUUUUUACAUCAUCACAAGAGGAGGCAAGCUAUACAGCAGGUUUCCGCUUGCUGAAGAGAAUAUUGGGAGAGACUGCAUUCUUUGGUCAAGGUCAACCUGACGUAUUCAUCACAGACAACAGUGAUGCAGAAAGAAAAGCAUUAAAAGAAGUCUGGCCUGACAGUUGCCUGUACUUGUGUAUAUUUCAUGUUCUUCAACAGGUAUGGAGAUGGCUAUGUGAUAGACGCCAUGGGAUCAAGAAAGAAGAUCGUCCAAAGCUUAUAACUGUAGCAAAAAAAUUGGUGUAUUCAGAAUCACAAGAGGAGUUUGACAACACAUGGGAAGAAUUCAUAGGAAAUUUUAAUGGCCAGCAGUAUCAGAGUUAUACCAGGUAUCUAUCAAAGCUCAUUGAGCGUCAGGAGGAAUGGAGCAUCAUACACCGACAAGGAAAGUUGCCACAUCGGCACCUGCCUAACAUCAAUGCCGAAUCAACCAUGUGUAUUAUUAAAGAUAUAAUCCUCAACAGAUGCAAGGCCUUUAACACCAGUCAGCUUGUCCUCUACUUCAAUGAAUUAUUUGAUCAGUAUAUGCAACAACGACUGUUGGAUGCAGCCCUGGGAAGAAAGCCUGUCAAGUCUGCAAUAGCCAAGACCACAGAGGUUGAUGUUCAAGAACUAGGAGGAUUGAAGUUUCUAGUGCAGAGUGAGAGCACCCCAGGGCAAACGUAUACUGUCGAUAUGCAAACAGGCAUAUGUGAUUGCAUAAGUGGACAAACUAGCAAACCAUGUAAGCAUAAGGUGACAUGUGCGGACAGGUGCAUGUUGAAUUUGCCGCAAGUGUUCCAGAGCACACCUGAAAAUCGUCAGUGGCUUGCUGGUGUUGCUUUAGGAAAGGAAAAAGUGCCCAGCUCUGCUUUUUUUGCUGAAUUAGUUCCACCCACUCAGAACACAGAACUGGUAAUAUCAAACCCAUCCCCAGUACAAACUGAAAAUGCAGUUGUCCUCCCUCAGCAGGAUGAAAAGGACAAAAACGUUGUGUGGAUCAUUGAAGAACACACAGGACCAAUAAACACUGAAGAAUUCACUUCUAAUUUCCUUCCUCUCCUAGAGAAAUUCAAGGAUGCCAACACUCAAGCCAACCUCAACCACUUAACCAAACAACUUAAUCUUAUAAAAUCUAGCAACCAGCUGAACAGUUUUCUCAGCUGUGCUGCAUCAGCUGUGACUGGCAGUUCUCGGGGUUGUGGUCAGGAAAAAAAUCCUUGCCAACCUACAACCAUUGCCAGGCAAGAAACAGGCAUUCCUGGAGGUGUAGCCCCAUUAGGAAAGGGAAGAAAAAGACAAAGGAGUGAAGGAGAAGGUAGUAAAAGACCACAAAAUCUUGCCUGCAAUGUAUCUCAAAUUCAAGGAGGUGCUAAAACUCACUGACAUGUAGUUUUAAAAUGUAAUGUAGCGCAAGUCUGAGUGAAAAUGUGUAUGUAUGUAUAGGAAUAAUGUAUUAAGUUUGAUGAUGAAACUUAUAAAUUUUUAUUUAUUGUGAAUCCACUUACUGAUCACACUCACAAAAAAAUUUAAUUUCAAUGUAUAUUUAUGACUAUUAAUGCAACUUUCAACUGUUAGAAAUUUGUUAUUAUAAGUUGGAUGGUAAAAAAUAUGCCCUAUAAAUAUUUUUUAUUAUGAAUCUUUGUAAGCCUAUAAACUUUUAUUAUUAUUAGUUUGAUGGUAAACGAUAAACCUUAUAAAUAUUUUUUUGUUAUAAAUUCACUUACUGAUCACAAAAAAGUCAAUUUCAGUGUUGUAUAUUUAUAUGACUGAUAAUGUAAAUUAUCACUUUGAGGUUAUUAUUACACUAUUAUUGUAAAAAUAAAGGCAAUAAAUACUUUUAUUUAUUAUAAAUAAAACACCUAGUGAUACCAAAGCAGUACAUUAGACUGAACUGUUGGCUUACCGCUAAAACACUUAUGCUUACAUUGUUACAGUGUAUUUACAGUCACGGACUAUGCUGCUUGAACGUGCUGAGUUGGGCUCAAUUUUUUUCCUUCUAAUCUUCCUUUAUUUUUAACCAAUUCAUCGUUCGUAGCCACCUCAGCCCCCCUCCAUACCUCCCUUCCCUGCCCCUCUUCAUCCCUGCCUUUAGGCUUGCUUCACACGGGUGU